CGAUGUGCAUGUGACAACUCUGUGACAAGCGCAGCCAACUUCAUGCUGCCUGUUCUUUUUUCCGGUUGACUUUAACGAGAGAGAUGCCUGGAGUGACAGUGAAAGAUAUUGACCAGCAUGCCGUUACCAAGGCUGUGGCCGUCUUCCUAAAGAAGACUGGCAAGUUGAAGGUGCCCGAUCAGAUGGACAUCAUCAAGACUGCCAAAUUCAAGGAAUUGGCUCCCUACGAUCCCGAUUGGUUCUAUGUGCGUUGCGCCUCCAUUCUGCGCCACUUGUACCAUCGUAGUCCAGCUGGUGUUGGCUCGAUCACCAAAAUCUAUGGUGGACGCAAGCGCAACGGUGUCCAUCCCUCGCAUUUCUGCCGUGCCGCUGAUGGUGCUGCCCGCAAGGCUCUCCAGGCUUUGGAACAUGCCCGCCUAGUUGAGAAGCACCCCGAAGGUGGCCGCAAGCUCAGUUCAACUGGUCAGCGUGAUUUGGAUCGCAUUGCCAACCAAAUUGUGGUCAAGCAGCGCGAUGCUGCCAAGCAGACGGGUCCCAUUGUUAUUUCCAAGUAAACCACUCGCGCCCUGGAGAUGGACAUUUUAUGGAUCGAAGUUUGAGAUGAGAAAAAUCAAUCUUUUUAGACUUCUUACCUUAACGUAAGCGUUUUUUUGUUUACACGAUGCAAAGACGAAAAAAUAAAGAAAGUACCCAAAUACACAAAAGUCUACAAAAGAAAUGUGUUAAUCUGAUUUCUUGCAGGUGGAAGAGCUUCAGUAAUUUGCUGGAAGAACCUCCAAGACUCUUUAAAAGUUUCCAAUUUUUGUGAGCUACGCAAACCUAUUUUUUUAUGUGUCUAUAACAGAAAAUCUGCUCUAUGAUUCAGUAACACAGAAUAAAAAGCACAUAGAUGAAUGAUCUAUAAUUCAACCAAUA